UUAGAAAGUAGUGGAUGGAAUUACCAGUACCAGUACCAGUAGGCAGUGGCAAUUGAUUCCGGUUUUAAAAUAAUAAAAAUGAUUUAGUAAUAGUAAGGCGAAAAGGGUUGAUAAUUUGAAAAAAAAAGAUAUAAAAAGGUGCGAUAAUGGUAUAAUCCAUCCAAGCCAGAGACAGAGAGAGUGAGAGAGAAGAGAAGAGACAUAGGAUAGGAACAACAUAAGCAGUGGAAGAUAAGGCGAGCAGAAGAGAGAAUGGAAAGAGCAGCAGAGAAGCCACCACUGGCAGUAGCCACACUCUCUCUCUCCACCAUUCCGCCAUUCCUCCAACCCAAGAUCCCAACCGCUCCGCAACCCAACAAGGUCAAGCUCCCAACCCAAGCCUCAUCCCUCACACACCUCUCCCUCACUGCAACCACUCCCAAUCCCAAUCCCUCCAAACCCUCCUUCAAAUCCACCCUCUCCGCCAACCCCCUCCACGCCCCUCUCUCCCUCGGCCCCCACCGCCCCCGCGACCCAUCCAACGCCGCCGCCCUCCGCCGCGCCGCCAUCGUCUGGUUCCGCAACGACCUCCGCCUCCUCGACAACGAGUCCCUCACAACCGCCAACAACGAGUCCCUCUCCGUUCUCCCCGUCUACUGCUUCGACCCCGCCGACUACGGCAAGUCCUCCUCCGGCUUCGACAAGACCGGCCCCUACCGCGCCUCCUUCCUCAUCGACUCCGUCUCCGACCUCCGCCGCAAUCUCCAGGCGCGCGGCUCUGAUCUCGUCGUCAGGGUCGGGAAACCGGAGACCGUGCUGGUGGAGCUGGCGAAGGCCGUCGGCGCCGACGCCGUGUACGCGCACCGGGAGGUGUCGCACGACGAGGUGAAGGCGGAGGAGAGGGUGGAGGCGGCGAUGAAGGAGGAGAAUGUGGAGGUGAAGUACUUCUGGGGAAGCACAUUGUAUCACGUGGAGGAUUUGCCUUUUAAGCUGGAGGACAUGCCUUCCAAUUACGGAGGGUUUAGGGAUAGGGUUCAGAAAUUGGAGAUUAGGAAGACAAUUGAGGCGUUGGAUCAGCUUAAGGGAAUGCCCUCUCGCGGAGAUGUUCAGCCUGGGGAUAUUCCCUCCUUAAUGGACCUGGGCCUUAACCCAUCUGCCACAAUGCCACAGGAUGGGAAGGUGGCUGCUAAUGCUUCCAUGAUAGGAGGAGAGACUGAGGCAUUGCAGAGGCUUAAAAAGUUUGCUGCUGAAUGUGAAGCUCAGCCACACAGGGGGUCUAAGGAUGGAACACACAGUAUAUAUGGGGCUAACUUCUCUUGCAAGAUUUCGCCGUGGUUGGCAAUGGGAUGCCUCUCCCCUAGGACAAUGUAUGAUGAGCUCAAGAAGACUGCCACCAGAGCUGUUUCUGCUUCGGUGAACGGGAAUAAUGGUGGUAAUGGUUCAUCCAAAACAGGAUCAAAUUGGUUGAUGUUUGAGUUGAUGUGGAGGGACUUCUUUAGGUUUAUAACCAAAAAAUACAGUUCUGCAAAGAAACAGUUGGAAGCUGCUCCAGCCACUGCAUGUGCGGGUGCACUUGCCUAGGCUAGAAGAUCUAGUGGACAUAAGAAAGUUUGUUUCAGGGUGGUUUGCUUCCCUACGCUGACAUGGCAGUAGGGUGCUGGAUGAACAAGUUUUGGUUCACCCUUCUGAAGUUCUGUUGUAACUGGCAGAUACAUUAUUUCAAUAUGGAAGCUUUGCAUUAUUUUCUCGAUGGCAAGUGUUGGUAUUCAUUCUUAAUGUAGCAUUUGGUCUGCAUCGGGCAUCUUUUGAGUAUGUCAGUCCAAAAUUCAUGCCUCUGACUCUCCCCCAAUAACUAUAUUAUGGGAGUAAUUUGAAAUUUAAAAAUUGGAUGUAAUUACUGCGGUAUCUAUAUUUUUAAUAAUAUCAGGAUGAGUUCUCUAA